UCGCCCCGCCCAGGCAGACGUAUUGGCCCCCUGGACCUCUGUAUCCAGAGGCGGCGCGAACGUUUCUCUCUGGGGGCAGUAUCACCCGGCGGCAUGGCUCGGAAGCGCGCGGCGAGGGGCAGAAAGGCCGGGGACUCGAGCGUGGCCCGGCGUAAGGAGAAGGAGGAGGCAGAUGUCUUUGAAGACAAGAAAAUGAAACUGCCAAAGAAGAGCUUUCACUCAAAAGUUUCACGAGGAGAGAGGAAGAGAGGCUUCACUGAUCCUGGGGCCCCCGCAGAUGGUCCAGUAAAAAAGAAAGUGACCAAGGUGACUGUUAAAUCUGAAAAACUCAAGGCAAUAAAGGAUGAACCCCUCAGUGAUGGGGAAGAUUUCAGGGACUCUUCACGUGGUCUCAAGAAGGCACAACAUCCAAAGAGAGAGGCUGCUGUGGACAAAGGUAGUGAUGAAAGAGACGAGGAAGAAAGUGAAGAUGAUUGGGAAGAGGUUGAAGAACUUAGUGGGCCUGCACCUGGUGAUGUAGGAGAAAGUUCAACCUCUCAGUCUAUUCUGUCUCUGAAACCAGUGGAGAUAGAGAUUGAAACACCGGAACAGGUGAAAACAAGAGAAAGAAGUGAGAAGAUAAAAAUGGAGUUUGAGACCUGUCUUCGGAGGAUGAUGAAACGUUUCAGUAGGGAAGUCCGCGAGAACACACACAAGGUUCACCUACUGUGCCUGCUGGGAAAUGGCUUCUAUCGAAAUGGUGUCUGCAGCCAGCCAGACCUGCUGGCCGUUGGCCUCUCCAUCAUCCCAGCUCACUUCACGAGGGUGCUUCCUCAAGACGUGGAUUCAGGUUACCUCUCCAGCCUGCUGAAGUGGUUCAUCGGAACAUUUACUGUUAAUGCGGACCUUUCAGCACCCGAUCAAAGUAGCCUGCAGACCACACUAGAAAGGAGAUUCGCUAUUUAUUCUGCACGAGAUGAGGAAGAGUUGGUCCAUGUGUUCCUGCUGAUUCUGCGUGCCCUGCAGCUCCUGACCCGACUGGUGCUAUCUUUGCAGCCCCUUCCUCUGAAGUCCUCCAUGGUCAAGGGAAAGAAACCCCCUCAGGAGAGAGCCACAGAGGAUCCUGGAGAUGCCCCAGGAACUUCCAGUCAAGCUGCAGAAAACCAGCCCAAACUGCAGACCAGCAAAGGAACCAGAGAGCGGGAAGCCUUUCCCAAGGGCCCUGGCAAGGCAGUCACCAAGGGGAAGAGGAGCAAGGCAGCCGCAGGCAGCGCAAAGCAGAGAGAGCCCUCUUCCAGUGAGAGCGAGGAGGCUGGGCCCGGCAAGCAGCAGCCUCGGCACAGCCGGGCCCAGCGCAGGGCCCUCAGGGUGUCUUACAAAGAGGAGAGCGAGAGUGACCUGGCCGCCAGCAGUUCUGACUUUGAGCCUUCCAGUGGGGAAGCCCAUCAUUCCUCUGAUGAGGACUCCGAACCUGCCCCUCGCAGGCAGAGGAGGGCCCCAGCUCCACAGCGGAUGAAGGCUGGCUCCAAGAGUGACUCUAGGACCCAGCCAGGGAGCCGCCGCCAGCACCCAGCAUCUUCCCGCUCUCCGGGCAGUAAGAGAGGCAAGAAAGUGUCCCAGGAUGAUGAAGAGGCAGGAGGAGGGAGGGGAGCUGGUGUAGACCAAUGGCUGGAGGUGUUCUGUGAGAAGGAGGAGAAGUGGGUGUGUGUGGACUGUGCACAUGGGUUGGUGGGCCAGCCCCAGGCCUGUUACAGAUACGCCACCAAGCCCAUGACCUAUGUCGUGGGCAUUGACAGCAAUGGCUGGGUCCGAGAUGUCACUCAGCGGUAUGACCCAGCCUGGAUGACAGCUACCCGCAAGUGCCGGGUUGAUGCUGAGUGGUGGGACGAGACCUUGAGACCCUACCGGAGCCCGUUCAUGGAAAGGGAAAAGAAGGAAGACUUGGAGUUUCAGGCAAAGCACCUGGACCAGCCUCUGCCCUCAGCCAUCAGCACCUAUAAGAACCACCCUCUCUAUGCCCUGAAGCGGCACCUCCUGAAGUACGAGGCCAUCUACCCAGAGACGGCAGCAGUUCUGGGGUACUGCCGUGGUGAAGCUGUCUACUCCAGGGAUUGUGUGCACACCCUGCACUCCAGGGACACAUGGCUGAAACAGGCAAGAGUGGUGCGGCUCGGCGAGGUGCCCUACAAGAUGGUGAAAGGCUACUCCAACCGCGCCCGCAAAGCCCGGCUCGCUGACCCCCAGCUGCGGGACCAGAAUGACCUGGGCCUGUUUGGCCACUGGCAGACUGAGGAGUACCAGCCCCCUGUGGCUGUGGAUGGGAAGGUGCCACGGAACGAGUUUGGGAACGUGUACCUUUUCCUGCCUAGCAUGAUGCCCGUCGGCUGUGUGCAGCUGCACCUGCCCAAUCUGCAUCGCGUGGCCCGCAAGCUGGACAUUGACUGUGCCCCGGCCGUCACAGGCUUCGACUUCCAUGGUGGCUACUGCCAUGCUGUAACCAAUGGCUAUGUUGUCUGCGAGGAAUUCAGAGAUGUGCUCCUCACUGCCUGGGAGAAUGAGCAGGCCCUCAUUGAGAAGAAGGAGAAGGAGAGACGUGAGAAGCGGGCCCUGGGGAACUGGAAGCUGCUGGCCCGGGGACUGCUCAUCAGGGAGAGGCUGCGAAUGCGCUACAGUGCCCAGAGUGAUGCAGCAGCUCCGCACACGGGUGCAGGAGGUGGGCUGUCCGACAACGAGGAGGGGACCAGCUCGCAAGCAGAGGCGGCCAGGGUCCUGGUUGCCUCUUGGCCUCAGAACCGAGAAGCUGAGGAAGAGCAGAAGCCAAGGAAGACCAGAAGGGCAAAGAAGGAGUCUGCCAGCCACUUGUUCCCAUUCGAGAAGUUGUGACCUGUGUGCCUACUUCCGGAAGGUGGACAGACAUAGGCCAGGCUGAGGUCACGCUGCAGGUGGGUUCCCCCAGGGCUGCUUACCAAAGCCCUCUGAGCAGGGGACACUGCCCUGGGAGCCCUGUUCUUCCCAUCUUUGGAGACGAGGUCAGUUUUUCUUUAACAGAGAGCACUAGGAAAUUUGCAGGUAGAGGUACACCCACCAGACCCUGUGCCCUAGCCUCUCUUGGGCCGUAGGGUCCUUCUCUACAGGCCGUUUCAUCCCGGAGUCAGGUUCUUACUACCACGCACUGCCUCUUUGUAGAAGACGGGAAAGUGAGAAAGUACAGGCAACCUGAGAUCAUGUGUUUCCCAAAGUCACGUUUUGUUGUGGCAGACGACUAGGACAAAGAGCUAAACACAGAAAAGAAAAACAGUAAUGGAGCAUUAAAGAAAUGUUAGUAAAAGUGGAUCAGUGUUCAAGUAGAUUUUAUUCAUUACUGGAUACAUUUACAAAACUCUUGUGUGCUCAAGAGAAAUAACUUUUAUAACAUUUUGAGAAAAAAAUAAAGCAUUUAUCUAAAGA